GUGUAAAUGUAAAACAGUAGCAAUCGAACACAGCGAAACGAAAAAAACAAAGACAUGCUUCCUUCAAAAUAGAACUCUGAUUUGAUGUAGAUCUACAAUGAAGUUUUCUUUUCAGUUCUCCAAUUUACUUGGAUCUGUCUAUAAAAAGGGAAAUGUUAUUUUUACCCCAGAUGGAAACAGUGUAAUUAGCCCUGUUGGCAAUAGAAUCUCUGUUUUUGAUCUUAAGAGCAAUAAAUCCAAUACCUUGCCUAUUGAGACCAAGGUCAACAUAACAUGUACUGCCAUUUCUCCUGAUGGACGCACUGCCAUAUUAGUUACUGAAGGUGGUGAAGCCAUCCUUGUAAGUCUGAUAAGCAACAGUGUGCUAGGUAAUUACCAUUUUCACCAUGAAGUCUAUCAGAUCAAGUUCUCCCCUGAUGGAAGGAAAUUUGCUGCAACAAGAGACAGUGUUGUGCAGGUAUUCCAUGCACCUGGAAAAACUUAUGAGUUUAAUCCAUUUGUUCUGUACAAGACAUUUCCUGGUCAUGUUGAUGAUGCUGUGUCACUGGACUGGUCAUCAGAUUCAAGGGUUUUAUGCACUGGUUCAAAAGACAGACGAACUAGAGUUGUAGCAGCUGAGAGAUUAAAGAAUCUCAAUGUAUAUGACUUGGGUGGUUUACGUGAUGUUGUAGUUGGGUCUUAUUUUGACUACAAUUCUUUAGAUCUUUAUUGUGUCGCUAGAGAUGGUUAUGUGUUUGUGUGGAAGUGUGAUACAAAACUAAAAGAUCUACAACCCUGGGAGGAGCAAGUUGAGAAAAGCCAAGAGGAAGACGAGGAGGUUGAAAAAUCUAAGAAAAAGGUGACUGCAAAGAAAGAUGAGCCAGUUAAAGGCGUGUUGUAUUCACCGGGUGGAAAAUUUUCAUAUAGAGAUGUCCGUAAAGGAUGUGAAUUUUCUGAGUUGACAGCCACAGCUUUCCAUAAAUCUUCACAUUUACUGGUGUCUGGUUUUUCUGAUGGUACAUUCUUCCUUCAUGAAAUGCCAGGUUUCAGCUUGAUUCAUUCUUUGAGUAUAUCUGAACAGAGUAUAGACUCUAUAGCCAUCAACAACAGUGGAGACUGGAUAGCUCUUGGCUGUGGCAAGCUGGGACAGCUGCUAGUGUGGGAGUGGCAGUCAGAGUCUUAUGUGCUGAAGCAGCAAGGUCAUUUCAACAACAUGACGUGUGUCACGUACUCACCUGAUGGGCAGAACAUUGUCACUGGGGGUGGGGAUGGAAAGGUGAAGGUGUGGAACACAAUGUCUGGAUUUUGUUUUGUUACAUUCACUGAGCAUUCAGGGGAAAUCACUGGUGUUAAAGUGACUCAAAAUGGCAAAAGUGUUCUGUCAAGUUCACUGGAUGGGACAGUGAGGGCUUUUGAUUUAACCAGGUAUCGCAACUAUAAAACAUUUACAUCACCCAAACCAGACCAGUUUUCAUGCCUGGCAGUUGAUGGCGCUGGUGAAAUUGUGUGUGCUGGUGGGACCAAUGAGUUUAUUAUUUAUAUCUGGACUAUGAAAACGGGAAGAUUAUUACAGACUCUAGCAGGCCAUGAGGGUCCAAUCAGUGCCUUAGAUUUUAGCCAGUCUGAGGGAAUCUUGGCCAGUGGCUCUUGGGAUAAAACUGUAAAAUUGUGGAACAUUUAUGAGCAUGGGGGAAGGAGAGAAACAAUAGAUCUUAAUUCUGAUGUUCUGGCCUUGACUUUUCGUCCUGAUGGAAAAGAACUAGCAGUGGCAACACUUAAUGCCCACAUAACAUUCUGGGACACUGUAUCCACCCAGCAGAAGGGAACUAUAGAGGGUAGACAUGAUUUGGGAUACUUCCGUAAGGAAACUGAAAAGUUUUCAGGAAAAACAGCAGCUGAGGGAAAAGCUUUUGAAUCCUUGUGCUAUAGCGCAGAUGGUGAGUGUAUCCUGGCAGGAGGGCAGUCUAAGAAUGUUUGCAUCUAUUCUGUUGCUGACAAGUUGUUGAUGAAAAAGUUUGUGGUUUCAUGCAACUAUUCCUUAGAUGGGAUGGAGGAAUUUCUGGAUAAAAGAAAGAUGACAGAGUGGGGAAGUCUGUCGCUGGUGGACACUGGUCAAGGUGAGGACGGUACAGCUAUAGCCCUGCCUGGUGUCAAGAAAGGUGAUCACAGCUCCAGGUUUUGGAAGCCAGAAGUUAAAAUAUACUCCUUACAUUUUUCACCCACUGGUAGAUCAUGGGUUGCCUGCUCAACCGAGGGGCUGCUCGUUUAUUCUCUGGAUCAGGGACUGGUCUUUGAUCCUUUUGAACUAGAAAUGGACAUCACCCCUGCAAAUGUCCGGGCCACAUUAAACAAGGGAGACUACUCUGCUGCACUUAUGUUGAGCUUCAGACUGAAUGAACAGAAUCUAAUUAUGGAAGUGCUGGAAUCUAUUCCAAUUGAUAGUGCUUCUGUUAUUAUUGAAAAUUUAUCAGACACCUAUGUUGACAAGCUGCUAUCCUUUGCUGGUCACAUGAUUGAAACCUCUGCUCAUAUUGAGUUUUAUUUGUUGUGGCUCCUGCCCUUGUUAGUCACACAUGGUCCCAAGUUGAAGCAAAGGUCACAAAAAAUUAUGGCAUCACUUAGGACACUUCAGAGGAAUAUGAGCAGGAAAUAUGAGGAUCUCAGGAAAAUAUCUGAUUUUAACAAGUAUACAUGCCAAUAUCUGCUAGCUUUGUCCAAGUUAAAGAGAAAGAAGGAACAUACUGGAUCUGGAGAGAGUGAAGAGGAUAGUGAUAGUGAAUUGGAAGAACUGCCUUGGCAAAAUGCUAGCUCUGAAGAUAGUAUGGACAUGACUUAACUCACUGAUGAUUCCUGUAUGAUUGUGUAGGGUUGACUGUGACCAUUUAAAAAUAAACUUGUUCAAAUUUGUA